AAAGCACAAACACAUCUCUGCACCAUCCUUGGAACAUCACUUCUCAUGGCAGUUUCUAGGAUCACUCGGUGGAGGCUCAUGUCUGUUAUCUUUGGAAUAAAAUGUCUUGUCUUGAUGGUUACUUUGGGAGUUUUGGUGAUAAACUCAUUUACUAUACAGAACAUUCAAUCAACAUCUCCAACCCCCAUUGUAGAAAUCCAGGAAGUUUCUGAAUGUUGUGCUUGCCUGGAAAAGUGGAUUGGGCAUCAAUGCAACUGUUACUUUAUUUCCAAAGAAGAAAAGUCUUGGGAAGGAAGCAGAGAUUUCUGUGCUUCUCAGAAUUCCAGUCUUCUUAAGCUCCAAACCAGAAAUGAAUUGAGUUUUAUGAACUUCAGUCAAACCUUUUUCUGGAUUGGAAUGCAUUAUAGUGAAAAAAGAAAUGCCUGGCUAUGGGAGGAUGGCAUAGUUCCCUCAAAAGAUUUACUUCCAGAGUUCGCAAUUAUCAGGCCAGAGCACUGCACUGUUUAUAGUCCAAGCAAAACAGUUUCUGCUGAAUCCUGUGAAAAUAAAAACCGUUACAUCUGUAAGCAACGGCCUACUUAAAUGUUUCUUAAGGCAAAGGGUAUAGACAAGAAAGGUCCAGGGUUACUAAAAAUAGUAACAGCUCUCAGCGUUUCUACCUUUCCAUCUUGUGUCUGUAGAAUGUUUCUGUUUGCUAGCAUACCAUUUUCAUACAUUUGUACCCAAGUAAUUUAUACUUGAUGACUUCUUCAAACGUGUGUGUAAAAUUCAGAUGAGUCAAAAUAGAGAGGUUUUAUAAAUAUUUUGAUUUAUGAAAUAUAAUUUUAUUCAAUAUUCUUGUAAAGUUUUUUUGCAAACAUUAAAUAAAAUUUAUUCCACACCAA